GGGGCCGUUGACAACUACCGCCGCCUUUUUGUCCACUAACUAGCAAGUUGCGGAACUAACAAGGCGAACUAACUAAUCUAUUUGGACAUUUGUCUUUAUCAUUUGUAAAUAGUUGUUUGCCACCGUCACCAGCAAGUCGGGUGGAUUGUUUUUUUAAAGGUUUCUUUUCAGGUUGGAUUGCUUGUUAGUCGACGACAGAGAGCCAGUGUUAGUUAGCUAAACGUUAGCUGUCCAAACCAGCAGAGAAGAGGACUCAUUACCUUACAGCAAGCAAGUUUCAUAUUGUUCAAGAUGAGUGAACAGCUGAAAUUCAUCGUUGAACAACUUAACAAGGACCCAUUCAAGAAAAACUUUAACCUCAUCACGUUUGACUCCCUCGAACCGAUGCAGCUGCUGCAGAUUUUAAAUGAUGUUCUGGCUGAAAUAGACCCAAAGCAAGCUAUAGAUAUCCGUGAAGAAAUGCCUGAACAAACCAUAAAGAGAAUGUGUGCUCUGCUGGGGAUGCUGAAAUACAAACCUCCUGGCAACCCCUCUGAUGUGAGCAGCUUUAGACAGGGUUUGGUGACUGGCAGCAAGCCCGCGGUCCACCCUAUCCUCCACUGGCUGCUACAGAGGGUCCCUGAACUGAAGAAAAGGGCUUAUCUGGCUCGCUUUCUGGUCAAACUGGAGGUGCCUGCAGAGUUUCUGCAGGAUGACGUUAUCAGUGACACCUAUCACCAGUAUGAAGAGCUGGUGGAAGGUUUUAAGACCUAUCACAAGGAGUGUGAGCAGCUGAGGACUUCAGGCUUCUCCACAGCAGAAAUCAGAAGGGACAUUGGUGUAAUGGAGGAAGAGAAAGACCAACUUAUCAAACGUGUGGAGAGGCUGAAGAAGAGGGUGGAGUCAGUGUCCAACCAUCAACGCAUGCUGGAACAGGCCAGACAGCUGCGAGUGGAGAAGGAGAGAGAGGAAUCACUGACUCACCAGAAGCAAGAACAGAAGAACCAACUGUUCCAGGCAGAGCAGAGACUGCAGAGAUCGCAGCAGCAGUUGAAGGAUUUGCGACAGGCAGCAGCAGAUGCCAAUCCUGAGAGCUUAAUGAAGAGGCUUGAAGAGGAGAUCAAGAUCAACUCCUACAUGGUCUCUGAGAAACUCCCCAAAGAGCUGGAGGGUAUGAGGCGUACAGUGCAGCACCUGCAGAAAAUAGCGUUAGAGCCUGCCAUGGGCCAGGCUGAUGUCCAGGAGCUGGAGGACAAGAUUAAAGAAGUUGAUUCUCAGAUAAACCAGCUGAUUGAGAAGAGGAUGAUGAGAAAUGACCCCAUGGAUGACAAGCUGACCCUUUACAGGCAACAGGCCUCCAUCAUCAUUCGAAGGAAGGAGUCAAAGGCAGAGGAGCUUCAGGAAGCGAGGGAGGAGCUGGCCGCAGCAGAGCGGGAGCUGAGGCAGAGGGCCAGCCAGGCACAAGCCUCAGAUGGGGGAGAGGUCAUCCGGGGUGAUGAGCUGAAACGUUUGGUGAUGAAAUUGCGCAGCAAGGGAACUGUAUACAAGAAGAAACGUCAAGAAACUGCUGAGCUGAAAGCAGAAUAUGGAGUCUUGCAACGGACAGAGGAGAUUCUCAAGCAGAGACAUGAGACCGUCCAACAGAAACUGCAAACUGUAGAAGCUGAGAAGGGCAUCUCUGGCUACAGUAACACUCAGGAGGAACUGGAGAGGGUGUCUGCCAUCAAGAGCGAGCUGGACGAGAAGAAGGGGCGCACACUGGAUGACAUGUCUGAAAUGGUGAAGAAAUUGAACUCUAUGAUAGUGGAGAAGAAGUCAGCUCUAGCACCAAUUAUAAAAGAACUGAGGUCACUGAGACAGCGGUGUCAGGAACUAAGCCAGGAAUAUGAGGAAAAGAAGGCGCAAUAUGAAAGUUGUACUGCUGGUUUGGAGAGCAACAGAUCUAAAUUGGACCAGGAGGUGAAAGCAUUGAGAGAGGAGACAGCACAGGAGGAAAACCGAUAUCAUUUUAUCAACGCCAUGUCAGAGAUCAUUGAGAUGCAAAUACAGCGGGCGUCUGAGGAGAUGAAGGCCUACGUGUCCUCUGAUCCGCAAGAGAGGAAGAAGGCCAUCAGGGAAGUGUACAUGAAGAACAUUUCAGAACAGGAGUUACUUGGCAAGAAGUUACGUGAGAAGCAGAAGAUGGUGAGGGAGAGCCACGGCACCAACAUGGAGCAGAUGAAGAUGUGGCGUGACCUGGAGCAGCUGAUGGAGUGCAAGAGGCAGUGCUUCAUAAGAGCUCAGAGCCAGGCAUCUAUUGGUCAGGUCAUCCAGGAGGGAGGAGAGGAUAGGCUGGUGCUGUAAAGACACGUCUAGGCAGGGUCAGCUGAAGAUCGCCUACAAUACAUUCACUACACAGAGUUCAACUUAAUAUUCUAUCCCUUCCUGUAACAUGUCUAAAUCUUAUAUAGUUAUUAUAUGUAAACUGUUACUGGACACUAUAGUACAUUCAAAUAACUUGUACAAGGUUUGUUUCAUUGUUCAUGGAGGUUCAUCUUUCCCGCCAUCUUGUCUGUUUCCCUUCGGGGAUCAAUAAAGUAUUUCUGUUACACACUACCAUCGAGUUUCACUUGAUAGAUCAUCUUGUGUAAGAACCAGACCAGUAACUCCUCGGUGAUGACACCGUUUGAGAUCCUUUGAGAAUCCACAACUUAAAGAACACAUGUAUCGAAAGGUGUGGCAGGACACGUUUUCACUUUCUCUGGCCCCUGGAGACUCCAUUUUGCCACAUCUUUAAGACUACACUUUCAAUCAAAGUGUCCAAAGAUAACAGCAUGCAAAGUGGUGCACUUGGGAUGUGGCCGCGGUCAACUAUUUUUGGCAACCACUACCAUGACCUUGGACAGGGUGUCUUGCCAAUUUUGGAAUUCACUGGGACUGCCAUUGCUUUGGACAGUGCAGAUGAAAUAGUCAUAUUAUUCUGCUUGUUUCUAUUUCAUAUCACAACAUACACAUUUUUUCUAUAAUAGAGCCUCAUUUCCAGAUAACCUUUGACAUUUAAGGCAUACGCAGAUAUUUUGGUUGUCUAUGUAUUUCUAUUAAAUGUAUUAUAUACUCA